AUGGAAGGGGAAUCUUACCACAAUACAACCACUGUCAAUGGCACCCCGGUAAGUCACCAGCCUUUGGAACGCCAUAGGUUGUGGGAAGUCAUCACCAUUGCGGCUGUGACUGCUGUGGUAAGCCUGAUCACCAUUGUGGGCAACGUCUUAGUCAUGAUCUCCUUCAAAGUCAAUAGUCAGCUGAAGACUGUGAACAACUAUUACCUGCUCAGCUUAGCCUGUGCAGAUCUCAUCAUUGGGAUCUUCUCCAUGAACCUCUACACCACCUACAUCCUCAUGGGACGCUGGGCGCUUGGCAGUCUGGCUUGUGACCUCUGGCUCGCCCUGGACUACGUGGCUAGCAACGCUUCCGUCAUGAACCUUCUGGUGAUCAGUUUUGACCGUUACUUUUCUAUCACCAGACCUCUGACAUAUCGGGCCAAACGUACCCCAAAAAGGGCUGGCAUCAUGAUUGGCUUGGCCUGGCUGAUCUCCUUCAUCCUCUGGGCCCCAGCGAUCAUCUGCUGGCAGUACCUGGUUGGAGAGCGGACGGUACCACCAGAUGAGUGCCAGAUCCAGUUUCUGUCUGAGCCCACCAUCACCUUUGGCACUGCCAUUGCUGCCUUCUACAUCCCCGUUUCUGUCAUGACGAUCCUCUACUGCCGAAUCUACCGGGAGACAGAGAAGCGGACCAAGGACCUAGCUGACCUCCAGGGCUCUGACUCCAUGGCGGAAGCGGAGCCAAGAAAGCCGGCUCAUAAGUCUCUGCUGACAUCUUGCUUUAGCUGCCCUCGACCCACCCUGGCCCAGAGGGAAAGGAACCAAGCCUCCUGGUCGUCCUCCCGCAGGAGCACCUCCACCCCUGGGAAGCCGUCCCAAGCCACUGGCCCAAGCACCGAGUGGGCCCAAGCCGAGCAGCUCACUACCUGUAGCAGCUACCCUUCCUCGGAGGAUGAGGACAAGCCUGCCACAGACCCAGUCUUCCAAGUAGUCUACAAGAGUCAGGCCAAGGAAAGCCCAAGGGAAGAAUUCAGUGCCGAAGAGACCAAGGAGACGUUUGUGAAAGCUCAAGCUGAAAAAAAUGACUAUGACACCCAAAAAUACUUCUUGUCCCCCGGUGCUGCUCAUAGACCCAAGAGUCAGAAAUGUGUGGCCUAUAAGUUCCGGCUGGUGGUGAAAGCUGAUGGGACCCAGGAGACCAACAACGGCUGUCGCAAAGUGAAAAUCAUGCCCUGCUCCUUCCCAGUGUCCAAGGACCCUUCGACGAAAGGCCUGGAUCCCAGCCUCAGCCAUCAAAUGACCAAACGAAAGAGAAUGGUCCUCGUCAAGGAGAGGAAAGCAGCCCAGACCUUGAGUGCCAUUCUCCUGGCCUUCAUCAUCACCUGGACCCCUUACAACAUCAUGGUCCUGGUUUCCACCUUCUGUGACAAGUGUGUCCCGGUCACCCUGUGGCACUUGGGCUACUGGUUGUGCUAUGUCAACAGUACCGUCAACCCCAUUUGCUAUGCCCUCUGCAACAGAACCUUCAGGAAGACCUUUAAGAUGCUGCUCCUCUGCCGGUGGAAAAAGAAAAAAGAAGAGGAGAAGUUGUACUGGCAAGGGAAUAGCAAGUUCCCCUGAAGAGUUAAUGACUCCCCUCAAAAGAGUAACCACGGCCAAUU